UUGAUUUGUUGUCACUAAUCUGUUUGUUGAGAUACUAGUAGCAGAGAUGAUUGCGGCUUUCAAACGAGUUUUGCCUUUGCAUUUGGUUCGUCAAAAGAAAACUUUUAGCCGACUACUUUCAGUUGAAGGAACGAGUCUAGAUCCUGCAGAGGGGCUCUCAGAUGAGCAGCGAGAAUUUCAGAACAGUGCUGCAAACUUUGCUGCCAAUGAAAUGUUUCCAAACAUGAGAAAGUGGGAUGAAGAGGAGAUUUUUCCAGUUGAAGUACUAAAGAAAGCUGCUGGGCUUGGAUUUGCAGCACUGUACAGUAAGCCAGAAUAUGGUGGGUCUGGUUUGUCCAGGCUUGAUGCUUCCAUAGUCUUUGAGGCAUUAUCACAAGGAUGUGUCAGCACUGCUGCAUACCUUACUAUACAUAAUUUGUGUACCUGGAUGGUAGACGAAUUUGGAAAUGAUCACCAGAGGAAACACUGGAUUCCAAAACUAGCAUCAAUGGAAACUUUUGCAUCAUACUGUUUGACAGAGCCUGGUGCUGGUAGUGAUGCUGCAUCUCUUAUUACAUCAGCAAGAAGAGAUGGAGAUUUUUAUAUACUGAAUGGGACAAAGGCUUUUAUCAGUGGUGGUGAGGCAUCUGAUCUCUACAUUGUCAUGGCCAGAACAGGUGGCAAGGGUCCAAAAGGAAUCUCAUGUGUCGUUGUUGAAGAUGGAGCUGAGGGUCUCACUUUUGGUGCAAAGGAAAAGAAGAUUGGGUGGAAUUCACAGCCAACUCGGAUGGUGCAUUUUGAUAAUUGUCGUGUUCCAGUCUCUAACCGACUUGGCCAGGAAGGCAAGGGAUUUAACAUAGCAAUGAAGGGUUUAAAUGGUGGACGAAUCAACAUAGCAUCUUGCAGUCUAGGAGCGGCCCAGGCAUCUUUACAACAAACACGAGAACAUCUCGUCGAAAGAGUUCAAUUUGGAAAACCCUUAGCCGAGAAUCAAUAUUUGCAAUUCAAGCUUGCAGAAAUGGCUACUGAUCUUGUGGCAUCGAGACUCUUAGUUCGUCAUGCUGCUAAAGCGCUUGAUAUGAACUCAACCAAUGCAGCCAGACUUGCUGCCAUGGCCAAACUCUUUGCUACUGACAAGUGCUUUAAUAUUUGCAAUGACUCCCUGCAAAUGCAUGGAGGUUAUGGCUACUUGAAAGAUUAUGCAGUGCAACAGUAUCUGAGAGAUUGCAGGGUGCAUCAAAUAUUGGAAGGCACCAAUGAAAUCAUGAGAAGGAUUAUUGCUGGAGAUAUACUUCCAAUCUAACGAGUGGCUAAUAUAUUGAAACUGGGGCGUAAAAUAUUGUGAUUAACUUCAGAUACAUGGUAAUUUGAUUAUCAGUGAGUAUAGACUGCAGAGGGACUUUUGUAGAGAAAUUUAAAGCAUCAUGUUACCUGAAGGAAGGUGAUAUGAUUGAAUGGUAUGUUGCACUGACGCUGAACAUCCUGC